UUUGUUAUCAACCCUUUAAUUCUUUUCGCAUUUGUGCUCCCGCGCGUCAUAUUUCUGUGUUACACCGGAAGCAGCACGGACGUAAUUUGAUGCGACGCAGGCCCCUCUUCCGGUCUCUUUUCCCUUUGCCACCGGGCGAAAAUGACGAAGGGGACUUCAUCUUUCGGGAAGCGCCGGAACAAGACGCACACUUUGUGCCGUCGCUGUGGGUCCAAAGCUUACCACCUGCAGAAGUCCAGCUGUGGCAAGUGUGGCUACCCCCAGAAGCGCAAGAGAAAGUACAACUGGAGCGCUAAGGCCAAGAGGAGGAACACCACCGGGACCGGCCGUCUGAGACACCUGAAGGUGGUCUACCGCAGAUUCAGGAACGGCUUCCGGGAAGGCACCGCCCCCAAACCCAGACGGGCCGCCGUGGCCGCCUCCAGCUCAUCCUAAGAGCCGCAUUUUCACUGAAUAAAUGUGCUGUUAAACGGGAGUUUCGCUCCGUCUUUUCUGUUUGAACCAGCCUCCGAACUCGUUGUUUAAAAGCUAAGAAACGCAGCAUGACGUCAUUCACACAAAACGGGUGGUUGUCACCGUGAAACAAACCUGGAAGAAUAAAC